GAUUCAGACUAAUUAAUCCACUAUCCAAUCGAAGGUAAUAUCCAGAUAAUCAUUUCCUAUGAGAUAUCCUUCUUUUUCUUUCGGAUAUAUAGAAUAAAACGAAUUUACACCAGAAAAUUCUUACGCGUUUCGAGGACAAAGGAUGCCCAAAUAUUUCGAGAAGCACGACCGACCCAAACGAAUCGUUUUCGGGAUUUGGGAGUCCACCGCAGCAGUAGCCUUCUCUGCAACUUCGUUAGUCCCCCUCGUCUUAUAAUUCGCCAAUAUUCUCGUUACUUUUGCUCCAAGCUUUUUUGAAAUGUAGUGAAGUUAAAUUCUUUGAAACUGUUUCAACGAUUAGUCAAACUGCGUUUCCUUUCUUGUUCUCUUCAAUUUCUCCAACGAAAAACCAAAACCAAAGAUUGGGUGGUUUUUUUCUGGGCAUAAAAUUACGGUAACUGCACAACCUACUCUGUCCGGAGCUUCCAUUAUUUCCUUGGCCGAGCAUUCACACCAUUUGGGAUUUGCGAUUGAAAAUCCGGAUUUUGUGUGAUUUGAAUUGGUGGAUGAAGAUUAAAGGAUUGAAAUUUUGCUGGGUUUUUGGAGUUCUGAGGAGUAGCUGACACAUUGCUUACUGGGUUUUUUGGAUCAAAGUUUUUGGGGUGAUUAAUACAUUGCUUACUGGGUUUUUGAUUUGGGGUUACUGGGUUUUGGUGAAUUAGGAUGGAUGAAGUUCAAGGCGUUUCUGGAUCUUUACCUCCUUUUCUUUCGAAGACAUAUGAAAUGGUGGAUGAUUGUUCGAUUGAUUCGAUUGUGUCUUGGAGUGCGAGUAAUAGAAGCUUCAUUGUCUGGAACCCUCCGGAGUUCGCCAGAGAUUUGUUGCCAAAGUAUUUUAAGCACAACAACUUCUCUAGCUUCAUUAGGCAGCUCAACACAUAUGGUUUUCGAAAGAUUGAUCCGGAGCAAUGGGAAUUCGCGAACGAUGAUUUUGUUAGAGGUCAGCCACAGCUUAUGAAGAACAUCCAUAGAAGAAAGCCGGUGCAUAGUCAUUCUGUGCCGAACCUCCAGGUCCAAGGACAAGGACAAGGGAGUUCAUCGUUGUCUGAAGCUGAAAGGAAGAGUAUGAAGGAUGAGAUUGAGAGGCUUAACCAUGAAAAAGAACGCCUUGCGGUGGAGUUACAGAGGCAUGAGCAGGAAAGGCAGGGAAUGGAGUUGCAAAUGCAGUUCUUGAAGGACCGCUUGCAACAUAUGCAACGGCAGCAGCAAACCAUGGUGUCUGUUGUGGCUCGAGUUUUGCAGAGACCAGACAUUGCCUUGAAUCCUGUACCGCAGUUUGAACUCUGUGGCCGGAAGAGGAGGUUUUCAAGUGUCGAUUUGGCCUAUGAUCAGGUCAGCAUUGGAAGUGGUCAGAUGGGGAGUCGGGAAAAUGUAACUAGAGGAAGUAUGGAGACGGGAAAGGUACUGCAAUUGGAGUCAUUCCUGACAUUUUGGGAAGAUACCAUUCACGAUGUUGCUGAGACUCAACUUCAGGCUAAUACAAACAUGGAGUUAACUGAAUCUACAAGUUGUGCCGAAAGCCCAGCUGUAUCCUGCAUGCAACGUAUUGUUGACCAUCAAUCUAAAUCCACAGCAAUUGAUAUGAAUACGGAGCCUGCUGCAGCUGUUUCUCCUGUGCCUGCUCGAAGUGUUUCUCCUGCACCUGCUGGGAGUGUUUCUCUUGAGCGUGCUAGAAGUGUUUCUCCCGAGCCUACUAGAAGUGUUUCUCUUGAGUGUGCUAGAAGUGUUUCUCCAGAGCCUGCUAGAAGUGUUUCUCUUGAGCCUGAUGCCUCAAAACAACAACCCUCAAAAGAACAAACAGCUAAAAUUACUGGUGCCGGGGUCAAUGACUUGUUUUGGGAACAGUUCUUGACAGAGAAUCCCGGUUCAACAGACUCUCAGGAAGUACAGUUAGAAAACGAUUCCGAUGGUAGGGGGAACGAAAUUAAUCCAAGUGAUCAUGGCAAGUUGUGGUGGAAUAUGAGGAAUGUAAAUAACCUUACAGAACAGAUGGGGCAUCUCAGUCCAGUAGAGAAAACAUGAUGCUAUUUGUUUUUUCUGGGAUUGUGCUGCCCAUUAGCUUACAUAUUAUAUUUUAGGUAUGAAUGUUUAUUUUCUCUUUAGGGCACAUAUAUAUACAUCUUCUGUGUUUGAGUUCA